GACCCGGGCGGGCGGGCGGUCAGUGCGGCAGCUCAGUGCAUGAGAGGCGGUGUGUGAUACAGGCAUCGCGAGCGGCCACUCGACCCGGCAGGAAGCCCGAUCGCGGCCGGUGCGUUCCGGCAGGGUGUCAGCCCGCCUGCGGCGGUCCCCCGCCGCCAGGUGACCCGGUGCGGGUGAGAGUGUAUCCCCCGGGUUGGGGUGCAGCAUGCCCGCAGCGGGGCCCCCGUUCCAGCCCCAGUCCACAUCAUGAGGAGCGCAGCGCUGCUGCUGGCUGUGCAAUGGCUGUGGAGCGCGGCGCUGGCGGCGACGAGCCAGGACUCGGAGUCGGUCCCAUCGGCGGAGACAGAGGCAGAGAUCGAGGUGGUUCAGUAUCGGCACGGUCAGGACGGCGUGGUGGCGAGCAACAGCACCCUCCGCCUCCAGGGACAUUUCGCCGGAGCCGGCAUGAGAGUGGCGGCCGAGGGCAAGCUGCUGCAGUUUCACCCUCUCUGGCUGUGUAACACCAGUGAAGAUGAACAACAAGACUAUGGCUUUGUCAGUAUGAUCAAACUGGAGAGGCCUGAUCGAGACCCACAUCCUUGUCUCUCGCUCUUCAACAAGGCCAAAUUUGCUAUUCAGAGAGGUGCCACCGCAGUGAUCUUCGAUGUAACUGAUGAUGCAAGUGCUGUAGCUCAGCUAAAACAGAAUCCAGAAGAUCUGUUGGCUCGUCCCGUUAUCCUGAUCCAAGGCCUGGAUGCUGCCCAGCUGAUGAAUGUCAUCAACACCAAUGGUGAAGCAGUGGUCAGGAUUCAUGUUAAGAAUGAUGUCGUGGGCCGGCCAGCCUACGAUGUGGGAAUCUUAAUGACUCUGGUUGUUGCUUUCUCAGUUGUUGUCAUGAUCCUGGCAGUGAGAAUCAAGUGCAAGCAGAAUCAAACUCGGAAUUCCUUGCAGCAGCAGACAAUCAAUGCAAUCAGCCGUCUGGCCACACGCCGUUAUCGAUCACGGUGCCGCCCUCUGGGUCACGAGCGUCAGAGCAGCCAGGGCUCCCAGGCCAGCAGCAUGUCCGAGCCCGUGUGCGCCAUAUGUCUGGAGGAGUUUGCUGAUGGGCAGGAUCUACGGAUCAUAUCAUGUUUCCAUGAAUUUCACAAGGAAUGUGUGGAUCCUUGGCUGCUUCAACAUCGCACCUGCCCUCUCUGCAUGUACAACAUCAUUGAAGGAAGUUCAACUGUUGCACAGCCAGAGGUUCGUGACCAAGCUACGCCAGGCGCUCAAGUGAACCAGCGAAUUCACCUGUUCCGACGCUAUCCUGGCCAUGCCCACCUUCACAGACCGACCACUGCCAUUCCCUCCAGAGCUCCUCAUCUGAACAACGCCAGAGCUCCAGGGAUGCUGGCUCCCCCCUCCGGUCAUUACAUUGUUAGGCCGGAAGUCUACCCCGUGGGGUUUAACACUAUGCAGUACGUAGCCACCAGGCCAGGGCAUCCUCCAACCCUGCACAGGUGCACCUAUCGUCACGGUGAAGGCCAGGGAGCGCCCUACCGGCACCAGAGACCCUUCAUGGUGCGGAAAGGUCCACCCUGGCUGGAUAGGCCUCACCACGGACCGUUUCUGCAUAAGCCCUGCAGGCAGCAGCAGUUUCCAGUAUGCAGCGCACCACUGUCCUCGCACAAGUCCAGCUGUACUCCCUUGCGCUCACAGCUCGCCGGCAGCCAUGACAACCGCAGCCUCUCCGGGGACAGCUUUGGUAUCAACUGUUCGGUGCGCAGUGGAUACCUGGCAGAUAGCCCAGGUAGCGACUCCAGCUCGGGUCCUUGCCACUACUCCUCGAGUGACUCCACACUGGACUGCACUGAUAUAAGCAACCGCUGUAUUUACGGGAGCCAGUCAACUUUCCGCAGCUCGCUGAGCAGCGAGUACGAUCCCCUUGUGUACUGUGGGGCAAGUGACGAGAGCAUAAAGGCUUCAUCCUUUGAGGAGUCGAGGCCCAGGUCGGUGGACUCCACCGGUGGUCCUCAGGACAACCACGUACUUAAUCACACCCACUACCACCAUCAUCGGCACCACCACUACAGCAAAGCUCACCCGCGUCCGAAAGAUGAGUUUUGUAGGAACACGUCACAAAAACAGGAAGGUGAGCUGCUGGAGGACUAUGUGGGCGACUUCCAGCACUGCCAGCAUCAGGCGGAGUUUACCUGCCAAUCCCAGUGCAGCCCGCAUCCUGCCCAGUGCCCCUGCUUGGAGCAGAGCUUGUUGCUUCCCCCCGGACUUUGCCUCCCCGAGGCCUCGCUGCAAAAAGUGGACGCGGAGAGGGACAAGAGCAAAGUGGCGUGCGCCAAACCCGACCCAGUGCCUUCAGUAGCUAAGUCGAACCAGAGCAGCAGGAGGAGGAGGAAGAGGAGGAAAAGCAGCUUCCAGGUGGAGCCUCCUGUAGUUUACUUCCAUCAGGACUGUGAUGCCCUGGAGGACUGCAGGGUGCACGUUCACUAUGGCAACAGUGGGAGCCCGUGCCCCCCUCCAGGCAUCCAGCCAUCUGUGCCAAUCCCUUUAGUUCUCAACAGCGGAGCCUCCGGUGAGUGGCGUUUCCCGUUCUGCGAGUGCCCGAACCCCCGCUGUCAGCAGCCACUGCCUCACGUGCACUCUGAGUCCAUGUUGGCCGGCAAGCCGCACAGCAGCAGCGUGGACCAAGGCCACCCAUUUCAAGAUAGCUGUUGCAAAAGACACUGUGAUACAGAACCAGUACAAGACCAGUCCUUCUACUGCCAGACAUUCCCCAACAACACAGGUACCAAAUCAAAUGUGGAAGAAAUUUGUGAGGAAGUCGUGUAACUGAAAAACUGACAAAGAAAGCCACAACAGGCAGGACAAGGGGCAGAGGUGACAAGAGCAUGGUACUGGCAAGAUGAAGGGCAGACGUGGAGAAGCCGCGUAUCUGCAGAUGAGAGUGGAGACGUGCCUGAAGGAUCUGUGUAGCUGGAGAAUGAGAAAGGCAUGGAAAACACGGAGAAGCUGAGGAUGAGAGUAGGGUGGGCAUGGAGAAAAUUGGCUCCGGCUGGAUGCGUGUGGGGAAAAGUGUGUAAUAGUCCUCAACUUGGGGGGAUAAGUGGAGAAGGUGCAGCAGGGGGAGGAAGUGGAAUUGGUGCAAACGUGUCUUGCCAGCAGAAUGAAGGUGAGGAUGUGUAGACAUGGUGGGGUGAGUUGAGGGGGCGACACGUGAAGAGACAGUGUGUCUGGAAGGAUGAGUGUAGGGCUUUGCAUGAAGUUGUGUGAUGUGCAGAUAAGGGUGAGGACCUUUGAGGGGUAUCAGUUUAGCUGCCGGGAUGAGGGAGGGGAUGCAUCUUCAGAAGCCAUAAAGCUGCCAGUAUAAAGUGCGGACAAGAGUGGAGAUGCCAUAUAGUUGGUGGGUGGAGAUGGGCAUAGGCAAGGAGAAGCUGUGUAGCUGUGAGACUGGCAUAGAGAAGCCAAGUCCAUGGCGGUCUGGUGCAGGUGCAGGAGUGGAUACGUCAUGUAGCCAAGGGUAUGAUGUGGGAGCAGACAUGGAGAAGCUGUAUUACUGGGAAUAUGAGGUGAGAACAGCCACAGAUAGACUGUGUAGCUGGCAGGAAAAGGCAUGUGUGGGAAUAGCCUGAUGAUUGAUGGAUUCAGCUGGCAGAAUGAGGGGCAGGUCCAAUGUAGCUGUGUAGCUACAAGGCCAAGACCAAGUAAUUUCAAAAGUUUUAAAAACUCAAUCCAGGACAUGAAUUUACAGAAGCAUCGCUUCAUGACAUUGGUGCUUGUAAUUUGUCAUUAACCAUCUACUUCAGGAAUACAAGUUUAACUACAGCUGUUGAAGAGCCUUUGUCAAGGGACUCUUCCAGGUUACCUUUAUUUUCCAAAAUAGUCUAACACCUGGCAGAUUUCUAGCACUUGUGACCAGACCCUGACUGUCAGAUAGAAGCACUUAAAGACAAAUGUAGCCUUGCAGGGCCUUGUAUUUACAAGGGCUCCACAGUAUAUUUUGGGUACUUUGUAUUAAAAAAGAUCUUUUUAAAGUGUUGUAUUAUAUUUGUAUAGAAAGUCAUUGCAUUAUGAUAUGUUCUUAAUAUAUUUAUUUACUAAUAUAUUUAUCCUCUACCAGGGUGUGUAAUGUAAAGUGCCUUAUAAAUGAUCAGUGCUGUCACUAACGAUGGUCUGGCCCUAUUCAGAUUAUUCUCCAAUAAAUUAUUUUCAAUUACAAAGGUGGUUGAAUUGUGUUUGUGUGUCAUAUAUCUAGUUGAAUCCCUGAAUCGGCUGAUGAUGCAGAAUGGCAGUUCUUUAGAUUUUUACUGGUAUCCCCAUUGGAUUAUAAAUUACUUAGUGGUAUAUAGAUACUGUAACGCUAAGGGCAUAGUGAGUUUAUUGGGACUCUGAACAAAUGUUUAAAAAGAUAUUUUGUAAUGAUUUCUAGGAAGUUGUGUUUAUUGCCAUCUCUGUGAUAGGGGAUGGUUGAGUUCAAAGGUGCUAAUCGUGGAUUCAGUGCUUAUUGAGUGAUACAACUGUUCAGAUCCAUCAUGAUCGUAAAAUGAACCCUAGAAACAGUAAUUGAAAGAAUUGAAAGCUCUUCCACUCCUCCCCAGCUCCCCCUCCCACCGAACAAUUCUCAAAGGUGCUUCCUGACUCUUUGACAUUGCUCAAGAGCUCUCAUGAGUCUUUAAAGUGCAUGUACGACUUCUGAAACAAGGCAAAGCUGCACUGGAUUCUGCUGUUGCUCCAUCCACUAUCAACUGACAAAGCAUCGCCACCCAGAAAACAUGGAUAAGAAAGCAAGUUGUGAAGACAAAAAAAACAUACGGGACUUUUCAUCCUGCAAAACAUGAUGUUUUUCUUCAUAAAUGCAAUGCCUCAAUUUGACUAAUUAUUUGCUAAAUAGGUGAAAAAUGUUAGGAUACUCAUUUGUGUUUGACAUUUAGAGUUCUCUGGUGGAGUUAUAGGUAUUUUAUAUAUUAUAUAUACUGGAAAAUGUUGGAUUGUUUCACUGUUUUCAAACGGCAUGUGCCUUUAUCCAAAUGUGCACAAUGUUGGCCCACUUUUAAAAUCAGUGAUUCUUGCUUCUUUCUUAAAGAAGCUGCUAUCUUUGAGAGGCAAAUCUUGAGUGGUAUCCAUGGUGGGUGUGUGUGUGUGUGUGUGUGUGUGUGUGUGACUCUCUCCCCCUACCCCCUCUGUCUUUCUCAGAACAAGCUCACCUACUUAUUUUAAUAAUGAAACACUUUGACAAAUGUACUAACUUCAUGUUAACACCGUCAUGUAUUUUAAAUUUUAGAUGGAAGUGAGACUUAAUUCUUAAAGUUGCAGUUCCUUGGUCUGUGCCUUUCCAGGGAUGAUAUCACUGGAAGUCUUUCUUCAAGUUGAGAGUGAGAAAGCCUUCCAGCCACAAUGUUCCAAACAAGAGGAAGACUGCAGAUGGUGGAAAUCAAAGCAAUACACACAAAAUGGUGGAGGAACUCAGUAGGCCAGGCAGCAUCUAUGGAAAAGAGUAAACAGUCGACAUUUCAGGCCAAGAACCUUCAUCGGGACUGGAAAAAGAAAUUAGAAGUCAGAAUAAGAAGGUGGGGGGAGGAGUGGAAGAAGUACAAGGUAGUAGGUGAUAGGUGAAACCCGGAGUGGAGGAGGGGUGAAGUAAAGAGCUGGGAAGUCGAUUGGUGAAAGAGAUAAAGGGCUGGAGAAGGGGGAAUCUGUUAGGAGAGGGAAAAAGGCCAUGGAAGAAAGGGAAGGGGGAAGGAGAGGUGAUGGGCAGGUAAGAAGAAAAGAUGAGAGGGAAAUGGGAAUUUGGAAUGAUGAAGGAGAAGCGGGGGCAAUUCUAACAACCAUCAAAUUUGCUGAGGUUGUUAUCUGAGGUUUCACGUCUCCCAGAAGAACACAUUAUUUUAGGUGGGUUGGAGAAUCUAUAAAUU